AUGAACCACAUCCACCAAUACUCCGUCUUCAGCGCCCUCAUGCACGGACUGGCCUCGGAUGGCACCACUCUCUCGCACAUUCUCAAAGAUACCAAUCACGGCAUCGGCACCGCCUGCGGCAUCAACGGCGAGAUCAUCAUCCUCGACGGCAAGGUGUACCACUUCACCUCCAAAGAUGAAUUGCGCAUGCUCACGCCCUCCGACACGACGCCCCUCAUCGUCGCCACCGACUUCCAGCCCACCAUGACCAAGUCGCUCUCCACUCUCUCCAUGGCUUCUCUCCAGGAAGCCUUGUAUCCCUACCUCCCUUCCAGACAGAACAACUUCAUCUCCCUCCGUCUCGACGGCACUUUUACGCACAUCACCUACCGCGUCGUCAAUCCGCAGCUCGCUCCCAAAGAGCCGCUCAUGCAAGUCGCUCGUCGGCAGACGGUCAAAUCAUACCAUGAUAUCAAGGGGAGUGUGUUUGGGUUCUACUCGCCUCCGUAUACGAAUGGUUUCAGCAUGGCGGGUUUCCACAUACACUUCCUCUCGGAUGAUCGGAAAGCAGGAGGCCAUGUUUUGGAUUUUGAUGCUGAGAAGAUCACGCUCAAGGCUGCGGUGGGUACGCAUUUGCAUCUUGAGCUGCCAGGUGGUGAGGAGUUUAAUGAGGAGCCGAUUCAGCCUUCUAUCGCGGAGGACUUGCCUUUGGUGCAGAGAUAG